AUGUUAGUUGGAAUUGGGGAAGUCGCGAACGCCCACGCGACCACCAUCGUAGUCACAGGUCACAUCGACAUCAGUAAUCAAGACCGCGAUAGUUCCACUGAGCGCGAAAAGGCCCGUCGUAGAGCUCAGCGAAAUUUUCUGAACAAGUCCUCGCAACAAGCUGGCAGCAACUCCAACAUGUUCUGGGAUGGUUUUCAGUGGAUUCCUAAGAUUGGCACACAGGACUCUGCACAGCACAACGCCACUCGAAAGAAUCGGCGUUUAUACGUCGCCAACCUGCCGAUUCAACUUGGUCUCACCGAGGAGUUCCUAGGGCAACAGUUGUUUGCCGCGUUACGGGAGCGGGGCUGUGUCGCGACAGACGGACACAGUCCGGUAUUGCAUGUAUGGUUCGCAAGGGAAAAGGGUGGCAAUUAUGGAUUUGUCGAGUUCGCCACACUAGAAGAUACUGAGAAUGCUCUGACCCUCGACGGUCUGGUCGUAAUGGGCGCUCCUAUAACCAUACGUCGGCCAUCUGAUUACCAGGACUCCACCGUUCCCAUGCUCAACGACUCAGUAGUGGCAGCAGUCGCUGCUGCUUCUAAUAGUGCAUCUGGCAGUAUGAGUAGCCAAGCAACGAGUCGUAUCGUCCGCUUCGCACAAGUGGUGCGAGUGGGACCUAACACUACUAGGGAGGAAUAUAAUGAUGUCAUCGAAGAUAUGCAAAGUGGAUGUGGAGGCUUCGGUAAACUAGAUGCGGUAUAUGUUGCUUCUGCUGAUAUUCAUGAUCCUUCUACUGAAGGCUUGGUCCUCGCUGCUGGUGAUGUGUGUUUGGAGUACUCUGAUCUCGGAGGUGCCGAGGCAUGCAUGCGUGGUAUGCAUGGACGUAAGUAUGAUGGUCAAGUAGUGCACAUGAGUAGUGUUGAUGAGGAAACCUGGCAGAAUCUGGCGAAACCGGUCCUUGUGGAGAUGGACGCUGCCCUUGGUUUACUGUAAAACGGUGAUCCAUCUUAAACACCUGGUAGAAGCAGAAGCGGAGGAAUUGUGGUAUUA